GUUGGCGGGGGCAGCGCCGCUUCCUGCGGCUGAGGACGCGCUCGGGCGGCGCUGCGGGACCGCGGCUCGGCGGCGGCUCGGAGCCCGCGCCCGGCGUCUGUCUUGAAGUGUAGGGUGAAGGUUUCUCUUCACGGUGCAUGGACGGAAAGCCAAUGCGCAGGUGUGCCAGCACUCGCCCAGGAGAGACCGGAAUGGACGUGACCAGCCGCUGCACCCUGGGGGACCCCAACAAGCUGCCCGAAGGCGUGCCGCAGCCCGCGCGCAUGCCCUACAUCUCCGACAAGCACCCCCGGCAGACCCUGGAGGUCAUCAACCUGCUCAGGAAGCACCGCGAGCUCUGCGAUGUGGUGCUGGUAGUGGGGGCCAAGAAGAUCUACGCCCACAGGGUGAUCCUGUCGGCCUGCAGCCCCUACUUCCGAGCCAUGUUCACCGGGGAGCUGGCGGAGUCGCGGCAGACCGAGGUGGUGAUCAGGGACAUCGACGAGCGCGCCAUGGAGCUGCUCAUCGACUUCGCCUACACCUCGCAGAUCACCGUGGAAGAGGGCAAUGUCCAGACCUUGUUGCCGGCUGCUUGCCUUCUGCAGCUGGCUGAGAUCCAGGAGGCCUGCUGUGAGUUCCUCAAGAGACAGUUGGACCCUUCCAAUUGCCUCGGCAUCCGGGCCUUUGCUGACACUCACUCGUGCCGUGAGCUGCUGAGGAUCGCUGACAAAUUCACACAGCACAACUUCCAGGAGGUGAUGGAGAGUGAGGAGUUCAUGCUGCUUCCUGCCAACCAGCUGAUAGACAUCAUAUCCAGUGACGAGUUAAACGUGCGCAGCGAAGAGCAGGUGUUCAACGCCGUGAUGGCCUGGGUGAAGUACAGCAUCCAGGAGAGAAGACCCCAACUGCCACAGGUCCUGCAGCACGUCCGCCUGCCCCUGCUGAGUCCCAAGUUUCUUGUGGGUACAGUGGGUUCUGAUCCACUCAUUAAGAGCGAUGAGGAAUGCAGGGAUCUGGUGGAUGAAGCCAAAAACUACCUGCUGCUGCCCCAAGAGCGGCCGCUGAUGCAGGGACCGCGAACGAGGCCGCGCAAACCCAUCCGCUGCGGAGAGGUGCUCUUUGCAGUGGGGGGCUGGUGCAGCGGGGACGCGAUUUCCAGCGUGGAGCGCUACGACCCCCAGACCAACGAGUGGAGGAUGGUGGCUUCCAUGAGCAAGAGGCGCUGUGGUGUCGGGGUCAGCGUCCUGGAUGACCUCCUCUAUGCUGUGGGAGGCCAUGAUGGCUCCUCUUAUCUUAACAGCGUGGAAAGGUAUGAUCCAAAGACCAAUCAGUGGAGCAGUGAUGUGGCUCCCACCAGCACCUGCAGGACCAGUGUUGGAGUAGCAGUUCUUGGAGGUUACCUCUAUGCUGUGGGUGGCCAGGAUGGUGUCUCUUGUCUCAACAUUGUGGAAAGGUAUGAUCCCAAAGAAAACAAAUGGACUCGAGUGGCUUCCAUGAGCACCAGGCGCCUGGGAGUGGCAGUGGCUGUGCUGGGAGGCUUCCUCUAUGCUGUGGGAGGCUCUGAUGGAACAUCCCCUCUCAAUACUGUGGAACGCUACAACCCCCAGGAGAACCGCUGGCACACGAUAGCCCCCAUGGGCACGAGGAGGAAGCACCUGGGCUGUGCUGUGUACCAGGACAUGAUCUACGCCGUGGGAGGCAGGGAUGACACCACAGAGCUCAGCAGUGCUGAGAGGUACAACCCACGCACCAACCAGUGGUCCCCUGUGGUGGCCAUGACCUCCCGGCGGAGCGGGGUUGGCCUGGCCGUGGUGAAUGGACAGCUGAUGGCAGUGGGGGGCUUUGAUGGCACAACGUACCUGAAGACCAUUGAGGUGUUUGAUCCAGAUGCUAACACGUGGAGGUUGUACGGCGGGAUGAACUACCGGCGGCUGGGCGGAGGCGUGGGGGUUAUCAAAAUGACACACUGUGAAUCUCAUAUAUGCUCUAGUAUGCACGGUCUAGAUCCAAUGUAACUCUUUGCCGGUGAACUCUUUCUAUGGAAUUAUAAAAAUUGACUUCUGUGAGAGUGUGCCCAGCGGGAGACCACGUUGUCAGACUCCAGGGAACCACUGGACAAAAGUAGAAGUGUUGCUUAUGUCCGUAUUUUUUCUAAAUAGUUCUACAUUUUUUUAAUAAACCAAACUGUAACAGUUAUUGUAGCGUAAAGGAUGCUGGUGUAGAGCCUACACUCUGUACUGGGAGUCUGGCCAGGAGGAGGGAUUCCUGCUUUCCCUCCUGCUGUGGGAGCAGUGGAUGUGGCAGCUGUUUGGUGGGCGAAGGAGAAAAAGUGAUACAGAAAACAUUGCUUUUGCCUUAUUUACAGAGAGCUUCAAAAAAAAAAGUACUUGACCUGCAAGGUGCCACCUUUGCACAGAAGCUUUUCUGUGCACAGAGUAUAUUUAUUUUUUCAUUUGAUUUGUAUCAUGUAUUUCCUUUGUAUCGCUCACAGCGAUGAUUCCAGCUUUUUAUAUACAUCCCUGUGUUUGCAUAUAUAUAUAUAUAUGUAUUUUAUAUAUAUGUAUGUAUAUGUGUGACAUGCAUUUUGAGCAGCUGGUGGUUUGGGCAGGGCUGUGUCCUGCCAGCUACUGUGGUUCCAACCCUUGUGGUAUGAUUUGGGGUCUCUUAGAGGACAGGAGAGCUGUGUGGAUAGGUGCCCUGAGUAUCUUUUCAGAACUGGAACUCUCAUUGCUCGACUGAAUCAGUGAAGUGCCCAAAAAGGAUGAGAGGAAAAGGAUUUCAAGCAAUGCCUUUUUACUGUACAAAAGUUUAGCUUUUCUCUCCUCUCUCUGGUAUGUGAACUUAUACUGGUUUGAAGGAAAACCAGCAGGAGGAAUUAACCCCACACAAGGACCUUGUGAGAGAUUUCAAUAGAAAUAUUAUAAUAAAUGCAACAAAUACAGAAAGACUGGCUUAACACCAGUCCUGAAUAAACAGUGGUUGGAGUAAUGGAUGAGGUCUUGUCAAAAGCCCUGGUACUGUGGAAAGGCCUGGUCCUUAUCUAGUGGUGGUGGUUGUGUCCAAGUCCCCAGCCCCCAGAUCACAGACCCUCAAAGCCCAGGCAGGAACCUUGAGUCCCUCCCCCAGGGCAAGGGAUUUCCCAAUGGAAUGAUGGAAUCCCAUGAGUCAUAGGAUAUUUUGGGGAGUCCUUGGGGGCCCAUAGGCAGAGAUAACCCCCCUUAGGCUGGGUGUAGUUGUCACUGUGUAGACAGAGAGAACACUGCACCCAGCUUACAGCUGUUACCAAGGACCCACCACUAACAGUUCAUCAGGAAUAGUGCAGAUGGGUAUGGGACACAGUUUGGCUACACCCACACUGGUACUUUUUCCUGCAACCACUGACAGAACCUAAAUCCAACUAGUUCUAGCUCACUUCUAAAAGCCUUUUUCCUCCUGUUGCCUGCUUGAUACCAGUUCUUGAUUGAAGCAGGGUGCAGGUAUCAUCUUUAAUUCUGACACCCACUCCUGUUCUUGCUGGAAGGGCAGACCCACAGCCAGCUCCUUCCUGCUGAAAAAAAAGCUCAGACCAGCCUCACCUCAGCUGCCCUCUUGGCUGUGUCUGUAGAAUUCCUCACCAUGAUGGACAGUGCCCUCUCUUUGAGUGAUUUUUUGGGUAGAGCAGGGAAAGGGUGAGGCUCAUUUAAGAGUUUGAAGGGGAAGGACUGUUUGUUGCUGGCACUGUGAAUAACUGUGGAGUCACACAGGAGUGAGGGGAGAGCAGGGAAGAACUCAAGACUCAACAGUUCUGUUUGUACUGUAAUUUCUAUUGAGUGUGGAAGAAUGACCUUUUGCACCUGAUCUAACUGUGGAACUUAACUAAAUUUGAUUUUGAAAAAGGACUGUAAAUUCUUGAGAUGAAAAAGGCAGUGCUGACAUCUUAAGUUCUUAACUUCAUAGUUUGAUUCAUGUAACUCAGACUUUAAUGUGCUUGAAUAUAGUAAAAGAUACACUACAGUCAUAAACAGGACAUUAAAACUUUUCUAAAAGCCCCUUUCCCCCUAAAGGUCGGUAUUCUUGUGUUUACAUAUGAAGAUCAUUUGCACCUUUACAAGGAAAACAAGUAUUCUGUAAACAAAUGUUUACAUGUAUCAUUUAUGCUUUUUUCUAGCAUGAGUAACUUGUAUAAAUAGUGCUAUCUUAAUAAAUUUCUUCUACGCUGUUCUUGGUUUGUUCCUUGGGGUUGAAAGCAAUGUGGGAGGGAGUGUUUUUCUGUGGUUUACAUGGACAAAGAUGCUGGAAGUUUAUUCCCCAGAUAAAUCCCAGUAAAAGAGGCUUGUUACCCUUCACAUCACUCAGAACCAGUUUUUUGUGGAAGGAAGAAUCUGUACGAUGGGUAAAUCUUAUCUCUGCUCACUUAACUGCAUUUAUCAAUAAGGACAACAUAAGGAAGAGGUUAAAAGAGGCUAUAAGAAUUUAGAGAUGAUAAAAGAAUUUUAGAGAUGAUUUAUGCAAAUUUGUUGGAAAGAGCUGAGGAUUAGAUUUAAAACUUAUCCUUGGAUAUAACAGUCCUAUUUUCAAACCAAAUACAGGUGCCAGUUAUUUCCAGACCUUGUACUCCUUUGUCCAGUGCUCUCUUGACUCCAGAUAGCAGACUUUGAGAUAUUUCAAAAAAGGAAGCUAAAGCAUCACAAGUGAUAGUUAAAGUAGCUGCUGAGCUGCCAAGACCUUCAGAAGAUAACUUAGCUGCUUGUACCAGGUUAAGAGUUACCACAGACUUCAACCUUAACAUGCAAAAAUAAUCCAUUUUCAACUAGUAAAGAAUCUGAAACCAA